GUAUAAACGAACGAUGACAUACAUACAACGUACGAUGAUAUGAAUUAAUGAAGAUAUCAUCACACCAUGAUAGGAUAUUGUGCCAGUGUCAUGAAAGAUAGAUACCAGGUUCUCAACUGAAGCCCCGGUGCGUUAAGUUGUGUGUAUCAUGUUUGGACUACGUGUAUCAAGAAGAAUCUCAAUAUUGCUAGUCAUGUUGAUUGUUCUGUUAUAUCUGCGGCUCUGGGAAUUUGUGAUGAAGGUCAAGAUCGAUUUCACUCGUCCGUUAACGAAAAUGUCGCCAGGUGACCCAGCUUCACCAGAUUAUGUCAGUGGAAUGCUACAGAUUGACCAAGGUCCACCCGAUGACGUCAGUGAUUCAGAAACAGAAAUCAGAACUACAUCAAUACCUAUAUCAUCAAUAUCACCUACAUCACUACCAUUAGAGAAAGAAAUGACAGAUGAAAUUGACAUUGUUUCAUCGAAGAAAAUUACUCGUUUGAUGCUACCGUUCUUAGUGAAUAGAAUAGGCUAUGGCAGUAAUGUACAAUACAAAACAUUUCUGAGUGCUGCUGUACUUGCCAAGCAAUACAACUAUAGUGUUGUACUCAUACCUUUCUUUGAUACUGGUGCUAACGAUAGAGGAUAUAUAGCUAGAACAAUGAGACCUUGGGAAAUUACAUUUGAUGUCGAUAAAUUCAGAGAGUUUGUGUCAGUUGCAACAAUGGAUGAUUUCAAAACGCAGUGCAAUGGCCGGAUUCACGUAGUGUAUUGGAGAGACUUUUUCCUCUAUAAGGGAAUGUACGAAUCGUCCCGGGAUUUGCUCCAUCGAUUACAUGGACUUGACCUGCCGAGUUAUACAACAUUGAACACGGAAAUUACCAGUGUUGAUUGGUUGGAAAGUUCACGUGACUAUGACUGCGUAGCAUUUUAUGAUCCAAUGGAAUAUUUGGAUUCAAACGAACAAUUCGAUUUGUCUGAUGUGCAUAGCCACCUAGUGAGGGCGCCGCCCGUACUUAAAAUGGCAGAUAAAGUGGUGAACAAGAUGUGUGAUGGUCGUUUUUUAGCAAUGCACUGGCGGAACAGAACAGGUGAACGGUGUACGUACGAUUUUGAUGCACGCGAAUGUGUCGAUUUAAUGAAGAAAGUUGAUGAGUCAGCGGAAAUUAUCAGCUCAGCUGUAAAGAAUAUUAUGAACAAAUACAAAUUGAAAUGUCUAUAUAUAGCACACCCAGUUCAUUCUGACAAAAUUAUAAGUUACUUCUCUUCCUCGUUAUUGAUAAGCAAUAUUUAUAACACAGCCACACUGCUUCAUGACAACGACCCGGAUGUAAAAGUUUUCAAAAAUAGUUUAUAUCUACUUUCACUCUUGGAGCAAGAAAUAUGUUUUAGAGCUGAUAUAUUUCUUGGCUGGUCCCAGUCUUAUUGGUCUCAGUUCGUUAAACUAGAUCGAAUAGGAGUUGGUAAAGACGCAUUGUUUUAUAAUGACCUUCCUGAAAUUGAAGAUGACAGAAAACUAGAUCUUAUAUGGAAGUAUAUGAAUAUCAUCCGUUAA